AUGAGUGAACUGCGCAACAAGAUGUGGAAGGUUCUUCUCAAGGAAACCAAGAAGAAAAACCUAAAGCCUGGAGAUGACAUCCACAUAUGGACACAAGCCAAUACAAAAGACCAUGGAAUAUAUUUGGAUGAAGAAAACUUGAUCCACUUCACUCAAGGUCGACAAGGAGCAAGGUCAGACGAUCAUCAUAGUACAUGUCCAAAAUGCAGUGACCAUGAUCAAUCAAGUUCUCAUGAUGUGGUCUCUUCCUGCAUAGAUUGUUUCCUUUCUGGUGGAGAUCAUCUGUAUCGCUUUGAAUAUGGUGUUAAUCCAGCUCUCAUCCUCGCCAAACUCGGAGGUACAACUCUUGCGCGUGCUGAUCCAGCUGAAGUUGUGCAGAACCGUGCGUCUAGUUUCCUUCUAAUUAUUAACAAUGACUCCAGUUGGCACUACCGUUUCAUAAACAAUGGUAAAGACUUUGCAAUGUAUUUCAAAACAGGCUUGGUACUGAUAGAUAACAUAAAUUUCAGCAGAAGUUGGCACAUUGCAGCAUUUUUCUUGGCAGUUUCUGUCACUGUCUUUCCUUCUCUGCAGCAACUCACAGCUGCUACUUUUACUGGUGUGGCAGCUACAUGUUUUGGCUUAUACUGUAUUCAUAGAUUUGGUUCUGAUAUCGGAGCCUGUCCUAAUGUUAUUAAAGUGGAUCAAGUAGACACAUUGCCUGAUGUUGAUGAGAAAUUGUCUUCUGCUGCUUUGGGCUUCAGACCUAUUCAAUCCUUAAUUGAUUUGUUCAUAGUAUUGCUGAUGACUCAUUUCAAUAUUCUGUUGCUAUUAAGAGUACUAAUGUGGUCUGAGCCUUUUCAACUGCGGUCUGAGACUCCUCGAGGGGUCUGGAUUCUAUCAUGGUUCAAGCACUUGAGUUAG